CGGUGAAAAAAAAAAAAAUUUCGUCUGUUAUAAUUUAUAAAAGGCCGACGACAUGCCCGGUUCAACGCUCGCAGAAACAGUCGACGGCAUGGAUUUGACGGAGCUGAGAAAGGCGGUGAAGGAGGCGGAGCUCGUCGACGCCCACGCGCACAACAUCGUCGCCAUUGACUCUGCCUUACCCUUCAUCAGUGGCUUCUCUGAAGCCAACGGCGACGCCUUAUCCUACGCACCCCAUUCCCUCUCCUUCAAGAGAAAUUUGAAGGAUGUUGCCGAGCUCUAUGGGUGUGAGAAGACCUUGCAUGGAGUUGAAGAACAUCGCAGACUCGCCGGAUUGCAGUCGAUUAGCUCCACUUGCUUCAGAGCUGCAGGAAUCUCCGCCAUUCUCAUUGAUGAUGGGUUGAGGUUGGACAAAAAGCAUGAGAUAGAUUGGCAUAAGAAUUUUGCACCUGUUGUUGGGAGAAUUUUGAGAAUUGAACAUCUGGCUGAGGAGAUUCUUAAUGAAGAAUUGCCCGUUGGAUCUUCUUGGACAUUGGAUUUUUUCACCGAAAUAUUUGUUGGAAAGUUGAAGUCAGUUGGUGAUAAGAUUUUUGGCUUGAAAAGCAUAGCUGCAUACCGCAGCGGCCUGGAAAUUAAUACAAAUGUCACUAAAAAGGAUGCUGAGGAAGGUCUUGCUGAGGUUUUACAUGCUGCAAAGCCUGUUCGCAUUUCAAAUAAAAGUUUUAUCGACUAUGUCUUCACUCGUAGUUUGGAGGUUGGUCUACUUUUUGACUUGCCAAUGCAGAUACAUACAGGUUUUGGCGACAAAGAUUUGGAUAUGCGGCUGUCCAAUCCUCUUCAUCUUCGGGAUGUGCUCAAGGACAAGAGAUUUUCUAAAUGCCGUAUAGUUCUUUUACAUGCAUCCUACCCAUUUUCAAAAGAAGCAUCAUAUCUAGCCUCCAUUUAUCCCCAGGUGUACCUUGACUUUGGUUUGGCUGUACCUAAGCUCAGUGUCCAUGGGAUGAUAUCUUCAGUCAAAGAACUUUUGGAGCUAGCUCCAAUUAAGAAGGUGAUGUUCAGCACUGAUGGCUACGCAUUUCCUGAAACUUUUUAUUUAGGUGCAAAAAAAUCUCGUGAAGUUGUAUUUUCUGUCCUACGUGAUGCUUGUGCUGAUGGUGAUCUCUCAAUUCCUGAAGCUAUUGAGGCUGCUAAAGACAUCUUUUCACAAAAUGCAAUUCAGUUUUACAAGAUUAAUUCUUCUGUCAAAUCCUCUGGGUCAGAGAAUAGUGUAUCUCCCAACUUUGUGAAGGUGAACGGUAAUGACUCAGAAGAUGAUGUCUCAUUUGUUCGUGUUAUCUGGUCUGAUGCUUCCGGACAACAAAGAUGUCGUGUUGUUCCAAAAAAUAGAUUCAAUGAUGUUGUUACAAAAAAUGGCAUUGGUUUGACUUUUGCUUCUAUGGGAAUGACUUCAUUCACUGAUGGUCCUGCUGAUGAGACUAAUUUAACUGGAGUGGGUGAGAUCAGACUCAUGCCUGAUUUAUCGACUAAAUGGAGAAUCCCAUGGGAAAAACAAGAGGAAAUGGUUUUGGCUGACAUGCACCUAAAACCAGGUGAAGCAUGGGAAUACUGCCCAAGAGAGGCCUUACGCAGGGUUUCAAAAUUUUUGAAAGAUGAAUUUAACUUGGUAAUGAAUGCAGGCUUUGAAAAUGAGUUUUUUAUCUUGAAAGGUACACUAAGGGAUGGGAAGGAAGAAUUGGUGCCAUUUGACUCAACACCCUACUGCUCCACAUCAUCAUAUGAUGCUGCUUCCUAUUUAUUUCAUGAAGUUAUUCCUGCUCUCCAUUCCUUGAAUAUUACUGUUGAACAGUUACAUGCAGAAUCUGGAAAAGGACAAUUUGAGAUGGUGCUGGGGCACACUGCUUGUAUGCAUGCUGCUGACAACUUGAUUUAUACCCGUGAAGUUAUUAGGGCGAUUACAAGGAAGCAUGGGUUGUUGGCAACUUUUAUCCCAAAGUAUGCUCUAGAUGAGAUUGGCUCUGGAGCCCAUGUGCAUAUCAGUUUGUGGCAGAAUGGACAAAAUGUAUUUAUGGGAUCUGGUGGAUCCUCUCGGCAUGGAAUGUCCAAGGUUGGGGAGGAAUUCUUGGCAGGGGUUUUACAUCAUCUUCCAGCAAUUUUGGCAUUUACAGCACCAAUUCCAAAUAGUUAUGACCGGAUACAACCUAACACAUGGACUGGAGCAUACAAGUGCUGGGGAAAAGAAAACAGAGAAGCUCCACUAAGAACUGCAUGCCCACCUGGAAUUCAACAUGGUUUGGUGAGCAACUUUGAGAUCAAAUCAUUUGAUGGGUGUGCAAAUCCACACUUAGGCUUGGCUGCAAUACUUGCUGCUGGCAUUGAUGGUCUUAGGAAUCAUCUUUCUCUCCCUGAACCUGUUGAUACAAAUCCUUCUAGCCUUGACGCAGAACUACAAAGGUUGCCAAAAUCACUUUCUGAAUCUUUAGAAGCUCUAAAGGAAGACAAUGCCUUCACAGAUUUAAUUGGUGAAAAGCUAUUGGUCGCCAUAAAGGGGAUCCGCAAGGCAGAGAUCGAUUACUACUCAAAUCACAAAGAUGCAUACAAGCAACUCAUAUACCGCUACUGAGUUUAUUGUCUUCUCAUCAUCCCGUCUUCGGUCUGGCUCUGUUUGUGUACUUGCUUGAGUUGCCUUCCACGUUACGUAAAUAAAUUAAGAAUAAUGUAACCACAGGGAUGAAAACAAGUAACUUAAAUAAAAUUACUGCCUUUUUGUACCAUAAAAACUUAUAUGCAGCUUUUGAGCUUAGUGGUUCAUUGGCCGUAAUUGUACAAGAAGCUAAAUAAAAACAUUCACGUCAUGUUUGUUGAUUUUAUUUAUUUAUAGAAACUACUGUCUUCAAAUCUAAAUAAUUUUCCUUGUGAAAUAAUAGCAGCUGUGAAAUAACCGUCCAUGGCCAAUGUAGUCUAGUCCAUUGGAAAAGGGCAUUGACUUGCAAACUAGGGGUUUCAAGCAUCUUCACGCUGUGUCUUUGCUGGCGGGUAUCCGGUUGGCUGUGGAGUUGAAUCUCCAACGGGUUUGUUUCGAGUGCGGCUCCGCCAAGCUUGCUAUAGCUGUCUCGCAAGAUACCUCUGUUGCUUCUAGUGGGGGGGUUUUGAUUGAUGACUGUUGUGUGCUCCUCUCUCACUUCCAGUCAUCUUCCGUGGCCAAUGUGCCUAGGCUUUGUAACCGUGUCGCUAACAGGCUUGCCUUGUUUGCUUUUCAUUUGCACCAAGAUUGUUUUUGGUUUGGUGAGGCCCCUGAGCUUGUUCAGGAACUCCUCACCCAAGACUGUUGCCUCAGCUAAUCUUCAUUGCAAUGAAUCGGUUUAUUUCAAAAAAAAAA